AUUUGAUACAAAAACCGAUUUUGAAUAGCGUAAUUAGCGAAAUAGAAAAAUGUAAUCGUAGUGUCCCCUGACAUAUCUGUUAUUGUCAAGUUGACUGUUCGCUUAGCGUUAGCCCUUUCGAUUUGAGUGGAUAUGUCGACGUCUCCCGAAGAUCGGUUGCGUGAGAGCCUCAACCGCUGUCUGUCCGACUCGCUGGUGAAGGGAUUCGGAGGUCUGGUGAUCGGGGGCGUGGUCACGGUGCUCUUCUUCCGGAGGCGCAUCUUUCCCGUCUGGCUGGGCACCGGAUUUGGCAUGGGCAUGGCUUACCGGGGCUGUGAGAAGGAGCUCAACGAUGUGAAGUACGCCCACCGGAAGUGAUCUCUGGACAGGCGGACACUGAAUUUUACUUAUGCUUACUACGAUUGAUUAAAUGGCUUGUGUUUACUUAGAAUGUGGAACGACACGAGGAAGUGAACUCGAUGAAAAAUACAAAAUACAAAAAACUCGUAUGCUGGCUUUAAAAAUCAUCAAAAUAAACACGAAUUA